CGUUAGUAAAGUCCAGAGAAGAGAAUCGAAACAGAAACCGAUCUGUGGGUGGAAGGCAAUACUUAAAGCUCCCUGCGAGAGUGAACGUCCCAGCGGUGACAGAGCGAGAGUGGUCCCGGGUCUGUGCCCACCAGCUGCAGCGCGUUCUUGGCUCGUCUGUCACCUACUGGGUACCACCGAUCCGUCCUGCGCUUGGAGGCUACCUGGUACCUGCGGGUCCCAGGCAGCGUAGGCGGGGACGCGUUCACUCCCACCUGAGGAUCCUCCGCCCGCCCAGGAGACUCUUCUCCCCCAUUCCCUGAGAACCCACGAUGUCGAUCGUCUGUUCUACAGAGGACAGCUUCAGGUAUCUCCUCUCAAUCUUCAGGCCCAGGUUGAAAAUGUACAUUCAGGUGGAGCCGGUGCUGGACUACCUCAUCUUUCUGCCGGCAGAAACCAAAGAGCAGAUUCAUAAAAAGAUCACCACCUGUGGUAACACCAGCGCAGCAGAACUGCUGCUGAGCACCUUGGAGCAGGGACAGUGGCCGCUGGGAUGGACGCAGAUGUUCGUGGAGGCCCUGGAUCGCAGCGGCAACCCCUUGGCCGCGCGCUAUGUCAAACCCACACUCACUGAUCUGCCCUCUCCUUCUUCUGAGACGGCCCAUGAUGAGUGUCUCCACUUGCUGAACCUUCUCCAGCCCACUUUGGUGGACAAGCUUCUGAUUAACGAUGUCUUGGACACUUGCUUCGAGAAGGGACUGUUGACAGUCGAGGACAGAAAUCGGAUUUCUGCUGCAGGAAAUAGUGGAAAUGAGUCAGGUGUGAGAGAACUGCUGAGAAGGAUGGUGCAGAAAGAAAACUGGUUUUCUACUUUCCUGGAUGUUCUUCGCCAAACUGGAAAUGAUGCACUAUUCCAAGAGCUGACAGGUGUGGGCUGCCCAGAAGACAGCGCAGACUUGGAUAACUCGUCCCACAGUGAUGGGCCUGCAGCUAACGAGCCCCUUUUGCCUGAUGAUGUCGAUGCAUCAAGUCUGGAGACAGAGGCCCAGAACUUAGAGGAUGCUUCACCAGAGACUUCUCUUGCAGAUUCUUCUGUGACCGCAGAAUCAGACACAAGUUUGGCAGAAGGAAGUGUCAGCUGCUUCGAUGAAAGUCUUGGACAUAACAGCAACAUGGGCAGGGAUUCAGGCACCAUGGGAAGUGAUUCAGAUGAAAGUAUCAUCGGGACAAACAGAGCAUCCCCCGAGCCAGAACUGCAGCUCAGGCCUUACCAAAUGGAAGUGGCCCAACCAGCUCUGGAGGGGAAGAAUAUUAUUAUCUGCCUCCCCACGGGGAGUGGGAAAACCAGGGUGGCUGUUUAUAUCACCAAACAUCACUUAGACAAGAAGCAGCAGGCGUCUGAAUCCGGGAAGGUUAUUGUCCUUGUCAAUAAGGUAAUGUUAGCAGAACAACUUUUCCGCAAAGAGUUCAACCCAUUUUUGAAGAAAUGGUAUCGCAUUAUUGGAUUAAGCGGUGAUACCCAGCUGAAAAUAUCGUUUCCAGAAGUUGUCAAAUCUUAUGAUGUUAUUAUCAGCACAGCUCAAAUCCUUGAAAACUCCCUCUUAAAUCUGGAGAGUGGAGAAGAUGACGGUGUGCAGCUGUCAGACUUUUCCCUCAUUAUCAUUGAUGAAUGUCACCACACCAACAAGGAGGCAGUCUAUAACAACAUCAUGAGACGGUAUUUGAAGCAGAAGCUGAGAAACAAUGUCCUCAAGAAACAAAACAAACCAGCAAUUCCCCUGCCGCAGAUACUAGGACUGACAGCUUCACCUGGUGUCGGACCAGCCAAAAAGCAAUCUGAGGCUGAAAAACAUAUUUUAAGUAUAUGUGCCAAUCUUGAUGCCUUUACCAUUAAAACAGUGAAAGAGAAUCUUGGUCAACUCAAACACCAAAUAAAGGAACCAUGCAAGAAGUUUGUGAUUGCUGAUGACACCAGAGAAAAUCCAUUUAAAGAGAAACUUCUAGAAAUUAUGGCAAGCAUUCAAAAUUACUGCCAAAAGAGUCCAAUGUCAGACUUGGGAACCCAGCAUUAUGAGCAAUGGGCCAUUCAAAUGGAAAAAAAAGCUGCUAAAGAUGGAAAUCGCAAAGAUCGCGUCUGUGCAGAACAUUUGAGGAAGUACAACGAAGCCCUACAAAUCAACGACACGAUCCGAAUGAUUGACGCGUACAACCACCUGGACACGUUCUACACUGAUGAGAAAGAAAAGAAGUUUGCAGCCCUCAAUGCCAGCGAUGAGAGUGACGACGAGGCCAGCAGUCGCAAUGACCAACUUAAGGGCAAUGUAAAGAAAUCUUUGAAACUGGACGAAACUGAUGAAUUUCUCAUGAAUUUGUUCUUUGAUAACAAGAAAAUGUUGAAAAAAAUAGCUGAAAACCCAAAAUACGAAAAUGAAAAACUCAUUAAAUUAAGAAACACAAUACUGGAACAAUUCACAAGGUCUGAGGAGUCCUCCAGAGGAAUUAUUUUCACAAAAACGCGGCAGAGCACCUAUGCACUUUCCCAGUGGAUUAUGGAAAACGCAAAGUUUGUGGAAGUUGGAGUCAAAGCGCAUCACCUAAUUGGAGCAGGACACAGCAGUGAGGUCAAGCCCAUGACUCAGACUGAACAAAAAGAAGUCAUUAGUAAAUUUCGCACUGGGGAAAUAAAUCUGCUCAUUGCUACUACGGUGGCCGAGGAAGGCCUGGAUAUCAAAGAAUGCAAUAUCAUUAUCCGCUACGGCCUUGUCACGAAUGAGAUAGCCAUGGUCCAGGCCCGGGGUCGAGCCAGAGCCGAUGAGAGCACCUACGUCCUGGUUACCAGCAGUGGUUCAGGAGUUACCGAACGGGAGAUUGUUAACGAUUUCCGAGAGAAGAUGAUGUAUAAAGCUAUUAACCGUGUUCAAAAUAUGAAGCCCGAGGAGUAUGCACAUAAGAUUUUGGAAUUGCAGGUACAAAGUAUCUUGGAAAAGAAAAUGAAAGUCAAAAGAAGUAUUGCAAAGCAACACAACAAUGAUCCAUCCUUAAUAACACUUCUCUGCAAAAAUUGUAGUAUGCUGGUCUGCACAGGAGAAAAUAUCCAUGUAAUUGAGAAGAUGCAUCAUGUCAAUAUGACACCAGAAUUCAAGAGACUCUACAUUGUAAGAGAAAACAAAGCACUGCAGAAGAAAUUUGCUGAUUAUCAGACAAAUGGAGAGAUUAUCUGCAAAUGUGGCCAAUCUUGGGGAACAAUGAUGGUGCACAAAGGUUUAGAUUUGCCUUGUCUUAAAAUAAGGAAUUUUGUAGUCAAUUUCAAAAAUAACUCAUCGAAGAAACAGUACAAGAAGUGGGUGGAAUUGCCGAUCAGAUUCCCUGACCUUGACUACUCAGAAUACUGCUUGUACAGUGAUGAAGACUAGCUCUUGACUCAUGAUUAUUUUAAAAUAUUUCCAACUCAACAUUGAAUAUUAUUUUGAUUGAUGUUUUGUUACACUACUGAACUAACUCUAGACUAUGUAAUGAUGGUUUUGUUUGGCUUUUAGUGAUGUAAAGAAACACCAAAAAUACAUACAUUUAUUGGUUGGUAAAUGUAAUUACUAAUCAAAUCUGUCAAUUUGAUGAGUUCUAAAGUCACCUGGGCUCAGGGAAUGCCCAUGAGGGAUUGUCUUAAAUUAAUUAAGGAAGACCUGUCCACUGUGGGUGGUCUUGGACUAUAUAAAAUUGAGAAAACUAGCUGAGUCCACAUUCACUCUCAUAAUUCUACACUUGACUGUGCAAUGCAGUGUGACAAGCUACCUCAAGCUCCUGUCACUGUGACUACCACACAGUAAUGGAUUGUAACCUCAAACUGUGAGCUAUAAUAAAUUGUUUCUUCCAAAGUUGUUAUGGUCAGGGUGUUUCAACAAAGCAACAGAAAAGUAACUAACAGAGCAGGGAUAAGUAGAAUCUACCAACAAUACUCAUUACUGAAGAGUGUUAUAGUAUUAUGGAAACACUGGAAUAACAAUGAGAAUCCAAGGUACCGAUAUUAGUCCUGUCACUGAUUUUUUUUUCAGAUUUAUUCAUUUUAUGUGUAUGUAUGCUUGGCCCACAUAUAUGUAUGGGUACCAUAGGCAUUCCUGGUGGCUCUGGAGGCCAGAAAAAAGCACCAGAUCCCCUGAAAUUGGAGUUAUGGAUGAUUGUGAGCCACCAUGUGGAUGCUGGGAAUCAAACAUGGGUCCUCUGCAUGAGCAACAAGUACUCAACCACUGAGCCAUCUUCUCAGCCUCUCUGUCACUAAUUUCCACAAUCAAGUUGGUCUCCUCAGUUCCUCCUUCUUCCCCAGCCUCCCUAGGGGGAAAUGUUGAUUACACUAUUUGCUCUGCUUUUAUUGGUACCUUUUAUGGUUUUAAAUACACCUAUUCACCAUAGCAGCUGUUUUGUAGGCUAAACAUCUAGAUGUCAUUUUCUCACAAGUCUGAAAUCAAAGUUUCAGCCAGACUGUUCUGAUCCAGAGGCCUUGAUGGGAGAGGGCAGGAAUCCAUGCUCACUGACAAUCCUUUUCCUUGCAGCUGUCUGGCUAGGAUUUCUGCCUUCUUGCUACAUCUCCACCAAGAAUUGCUCUCACAUCCUCGGAAUGCUUUAGUCUGUGACCUCUUCAAGAAGCCCCCACAGUAUAUACCAUAUGUUUCUUUAGGGCCAGCAAUAGAAACUCCCAAUGCUUUUAAGGAAUCUUAUGUAACUUAACUAUAGUAAUAGGAGCACAAUGCAUUAUGCUUUGGAUGAGGCAUCUUAUUGAUAGGCAGACCUGGUACUUAAUCUACAGUUACUUGGGAUGAGGGUGUCUGGGCAUACCUAUCCCAUGUGGCUAGUACCCACACUCAAAGAAAGGGGAUAAUUCAGGAUAUCAUGCAUGGACUGACAGGAUUUGGGAAGGAACAUUGGAGGUCAUUUUAUUAUGACUUGUUCAUUGUUUGUUAUUAUAAAUGUGUAUCCAUAGGCAAUCACUUUGACAAUCAAGAAGCUCAAUAAAGGAAACAGUAUUACUAAAAUG